AGAUAUAAGAGUAGCAACUCAAGUGGUCUCUUUCCUUUUGUUCUUUGACUUCAUUUUACAGUACCCCAUUUAAAGAUUUAUUGUAGGGAAAAAUAUCAGGAGUAAGCACAGCCCAUCGAAUCAGCUCCCUCCCUCCUCCCUCCCCUUUCUGUCUUCACUUCUGCAGCGUUUGUACUUUGACUGCUUCCUGGUCUCACAGAAAGAGGCAGUGCUGAGUUAGAAAGACAAAAAUAGACCUUUACAGAGAAAUACAGGGAUUGCAAGUGUGUGUGUAUCUAUGCGUUUCUAUGUAUGUGUGUUUGUGUGUGUGUGCGCGCAUGGUGGUGGUGGUGGUGCUGAGGAGAGGAAGGCAGCAUUAGGCUGGUUUCCAGGAGGAGCUCUUCUCUCUUUUCACUGUGUGUUAGGCAUUUUGUACAGAUUUUUGUUUUGUUUAAAAACACUUACCUCUUCCGGAAGCUCUUUGCAUCUCUUUGGGGGAGGAAAAAGAAACCAACUGUGAUCAGAAAACGACCAGAAACCAUUUUAUUUGAACAACUGGUGAGGAAGAAAGAGGAGAGGAUACCAUCACAGGGAUAUAAAUAUCAUCUGUUAAAAUUAUUUCUCUGAAUAGAAUUAUACAUCACUAGUGCAAUCUGACAUCCACCCUAAGGGACAGCAAUGGGGUGUUUGGGCAACAGCAAAACGGAGGAUCAGCGUAUUGAUGAGAAAGCACAGCGAGAAGCCAACAAAAAAAUAGAGAAGCAGUUGCAGAAAGAGCGACUGGCUUAUAAAGCCACACACCGUUUGCUUCUGCUGGGAGCCGGUGAGUCAGGCAAAAGCACUAUUGUCAAGCAAAUGAGGAUCUUGCAUGUAAAUGGAUUUAAUUCAGAAGAGAAGAAACAGAAAAUUCUGGAUAUUCGGAAAAAUGUAAAAGAUGCAAUUGUGACUAUAGUUUCAGCAAUGAGCACUUUAAUACCUCCAGUUCCAUUGGCCAACCAAGAAAACCAAUUCCGAGCUGACUACAUCAAGAGUAUAGCUCCACUUUCCGACUUUGAAUAUACCCAGGAAUUCUUUGAACAUGCAAAAAAGCUCUGGGAUGAUGAAGGAGUAAAGGCGUGUUUUGAGAGGUCGAACGAAUACCAGUUGAUUGACUGUGCACAAUACUUUUUAGAAAGAAUAGACAGUGUCAGUAUGCCUGACUACACACCUACAGAUCAGGAUCUCUUAAGAUGCAGGGUUUUGACAUCUGGGAUAUUUGAGACAAGAUUCCAAGUAGAUAAAGUAAACUUUCACAUGUUCGAUGUAGGUGGUCAGAGAGAUGAAAGAAGAAAAUGGAUCCAAUGUUUUAAUGAUGUCACAGCUAUUAUCUUCGUUGUGGCCUGUAGCAGCUACAACAUGGUCAUAAGGGAAGACAACAACACCAACAGAUUACGGGAGUCUCUGGAUCUCUUCAAAAGUAUCUGGAACAACAGGUGGUUACGGACGAUUUCCAUCAUUUUGUUUCUGAACAAACAAGAUAUGCUGGCUGAAAAAGUCUUGGCAGGAAAGUCUAAAAUUGAAGAUUAUUUUCCUGAAUUUGCACGUUAUACAGUACCUGAAGAUGCAACACCAGAUGCAGGAGAAGAUCCCAAAGUUACAAGAGCAAAGUUUUUUAUCCGGGAUGAAUUUUUAAGAAUAAGCACGUCAACUGGAGAUGGAAAGCAUUACUGCUACCCUCACUUCACAUGCGCAGUUGACACAGAAAACAUCCGCAGAGUGUUCAACGACUGUAGAGACAUCAUUCAGAGAAUGCAUCUGCGCCAGUAUGAACUAUUGUAAUUAAAAACACCAUGGAGCCUGUGGUUUUAAAUAUUUUCUUUCUAGAUUUCCUCACAUGAAGUAGAGGAAGAUACUACAUAGAUACAUCUGCCUCCUCAGUUUGUUUACUUUGACUAGCCUUCAACCCAGUCCAUGCUUUAGGGGACAAUGUGUGUGCUGUAUUUUUAUAUGCCACUUCUUUGUCAUUCCACUAAGGCCUUUGGCUACCUCCGUUUCCUUCAGUUUGGUUACAUUUUUGUUUGUUUUAUUUUUAAUUGGGCACAUCCUGCUAAUUUUUGUUCAGCAGGUGUCUUAGUUCAAGCUGGUAUCUGCUAGCUGGGUAACACCAUGGCAUACCUAUAAUGAGUGUGGGUUCCUUUUCUACCAUGACACUGAAGAGUACUUGACAGAUAGGAGGAAGAGAAUAAUGCACUUUGUUUCAGGGUUAUGAAGUACUGGUGAAGAUGUAUACACAAGAGAUGUAGCAGCAUCACAAUAUUUAUUACACUGUCAGAAUUUUUAACGUAACUUGAGUUGCAGGUCAACUGAUGAAGUGACCUCCUCUUCUAAGCCAUUAUUGGCACAGGAAAUAGAGUAGAUAAUGAGGCACAGGGAAGAGAAGCAAUUGUUCUGGAGGUCUGGAGUGAAGAGUCUCUACACACCUCAGGCAUUUGAAUUUAGAGCUACUUUUUCAGCCUACUGAAUCUAGGCAGAAAAUCCACCCUCACAUUGUUUCUUCUGUCCACAAAUGGCCAAACUAGUUUAGAUCAUUUUUGGACAACGGUCUUCUCCCUAUAUAUAAUAUAUAUAUUUUUUGUUUUAUUGCUGGUUUAUUAUAUUGUACAGACUGUAAAGUGUAAUAUUAUUUUGUACACUUUUAUUGAAGAAAAAUACUUGUAGAAGAUCUUUGUGCCUUGAUUAUGGCUGUACCUGUAAAAUGAGCUAAGAUGUAAGUAUGUUUUUGAUUGCGCUGUACAGCUUGAUGUCAACAUUACCUACAGCAGAAACUGGAGGUAAAAAAAACUUCUCUGUAGAGUUUAGGGUUUUUUUUCUGGUUUAUAUAAAAAAUGUUCUUUAGUAUAAAAAAAUUAUAAAUUAUGCAAAGUUAGUCAUUUACCUUUCCAAGUAAAUUAUUGCUGCUACCAGAUAUUGCAGCAACAUGCCUUUUUCAGUCUCAGCUUUAAAACAUCAAAAUUGAUUCAUGUGUCCAAACUGCAACCUGGUGUUGUUUUAUGGAAAUCAAGGAUCUUGUUUUAUCUUUCAAAACUAUGUUCAGUAAUUCUUUGGUCAUUCAUAGACCUUUCACAAUUGAACAGAUUGUGAAACCUGUAGAAGCACCACUCCAUAAAGGCUCUUCAAUCUUUGUUGCAACAGCCGUUUUCAUUGUGCAAAUUGCAAGAAAGAAGAAAGGUGUAACCCUUGUGUUGGCCCUAAGAGAAUUACGAGAUGACAUUUUUAUUUCUCUUAAUAAAGAGACCUUAGAAAAAUGUUUUAUUUUAAAUAUUGUAGAAUCACAAUGUGUGAAUAUUUCUCAAACUUGAAUAAUUUAUGCAAAUGACAUUCACAAAAUAAGUUGUGGUACAGUACAAUAUAAAAGCAAGAAUUGCUGUAGCAAUAAGGCAUGCCCUGCUCCGUAAUUAUAAGACUGCUUUAUAUUUUAUGCAUUGGUGUGACGUCAGAGUAUAGUUUCCUGUGUCCAAAAUAACCUGUACAAACAUUUUAAAUUUGUAGCUGCAAUAACAGAUUUAGAACUAUUAGCCUACAUAACUACAUUGAUUACUUAUCACCUGGAUUACCUUCAUCUUUUAUUUUAAAUUUAAAAACAAAUUACUCUGAAAGCUUUUCAACCACACAAUGUGAAUGAAUGUUUAAAUAAGGAUAGCAUGUUUGUUGUUUAUAUAAACCCAAACUGUUUUUCUGAAAUACUGGACAGGCACAGUGUGGUUGUAAUUCUACAGAGGUGUCAAAUUAGUAAAUUUACUUUAAAUCUUCAACACUUUAGUUCCCACUCUGAAACGGCUCAUUCAGCGUUUUUCAGUAUCUCAUCAAUAGUAACCAUGCAUGUUCCUGCAAUGUUUAACGCUUACUUCAAGAUUCCUAAUUCCCCUUAAGAAAAAACUGACCCACUGACUGUCAAAAGUAGGAGAAUAUUUGAAAGAGGGUGGGGGAAGUGGUGAUAUCUCUCAUUUUCUCCCCUUCCAUUUGCAACAUGAUCUAUACCUGUAAGGACUGUCACAAUGUAACUGCGGUCAUUGUGAGAUGUGGGCAUUGAUUCACCCAUAUACUAAAUGUAAAUUCACCAGGAAAAUAAGUACGUAGAUUAAGAAAUUUAGCUUCAGGAGUUCUUGUGGCUUAGCUUAGUUCCCAUCCUUAAAUUUCAUCCUAUACACAUAAGCUGGCCUCUUGUUGGUUGGCCCCACGUACAGCAGACCCAUUGAAUCAAUUGCUGAAUGGUGAGUCAAUAUGUAGAUCUACUCUAGUCAGGACUAACAUUGGGAUCUAGGCCAUAAUUUGGGAAUGCUAUUGAUCUGGGUGGGACUAGGAACCAAGUGUGUUGUUCUCUGCACAGAACCAUUUCCCUUAGAAGAACAUCAAUAACACAGUGUGUAUUAUGGGGUCAUAACUCUAUAUGAGCCAUGGCUCACAUCAUCUUCUAGAUAACUACAGCAAGACUUCUUGACAUGCAUCCAAGUGAUACACAAGACCAGACAUGGCUCUUUCAACAACUCAAGAGCCUUGUCCUCAGUUUUCUGCCUGGUUUGCCAAUACUUUGCAAGCCUGAUAGCAAGGGGUUUUGAUGACUGUAUAACAUGACUGCCAUCUUAAACUAUUUACAUCUAAUUUGAAGGACUCAUUUGAAGCUAAUAACUUAGCCUAAUAGCCUUUUUAAAGAAAAUACAAACAAACUUGCUGUAAUACAACUACAUCAACUCUGUUGCUGGCAUCAAGGAAAAGAAGUACCACAUCAGAUGGUCAUGCAGCAAUAACACUUUAAAAUUGUUUCCAGUUAGAAAGACUGAGCCUCUAGCAGUAUAGGACACUAUUGCAGACACAAAAGGAGGCUUAUAGGACUUACAUAGUGUACAGUUACAAACUUUUAAUAUACAUAUUUGAUACAAAAACUUUAGCAAAAAAAUUAUUCAUUUGAUUGUAGAAUACAAUAUUUUUGUACAGCAUGAAGCAUUAAGUUAAUUAUCCUGUAGUAAAAGUCAUAUCAACUGUCUAGGAAUUUCUGUAUGUAAAGGCAACUUGCCUUUGGGCUAGCAAUUCAAGUACGCAUUUGCUGGCAUGAAUGUAGUCUGAUGGACUGUUCUUUAGCUUUGGUGUGUCAGUGACCGAUUACAAGUGUCUGACUCUUCAUAGUGCUUUAUACUUAGUGAUUAAAUGCUGAACAAAAUGAAAUGGGGAAGUGAAAGGCAGAAAGUGAGCUAGUGUGAAGACCACAAACACAACUCCUGCUGUACAGUAGAUAGUAAUAACCGUGUUCUCACAGGGGAGGAAGCAUUUGUAGAGAGAGAAGUCUGUCGAUGAUAUGCUGCCCUAAGAAACAGAAACAGCAUUUUAGAAGAUUGUGGGCAAGUGGCUAUAUGUUUUAAAACUGUACUAACAGUAGAAGAGCUCAGUUCUUUUCCUAGCAUUAGUGGUCUCAAAUGAAUGGAAAACAGAGACUAGGACAACUAUGAAACUGCUUAUCUUAAAUACCUACUGUUAAGCACUGAGAUGAUAUGGUGCCAUGUGAAGGAAUUAGUUUAUGAAUAAGAUCACAGCAAUUUAACAAGAUAAUAAUAAUAUAAAGAGCAACAGUCUCAGACCACAUUGUAGUUACCGGCCACAGUCCAAUAAUGAAUUAAACAUCUUUGAGCACACUGAAAUCAAUGUGAUUAAAGAUGCUCCAUUGUGUUAGAGACUGACCACUCUGUAUCUGGGGAAACAAAACUCUGGAGAUCACAUGAGAGACAAGACUAAAUUAGCUAUAUUCUUGUAGUAUUUGAGGAAAAAAGGAAUUGCAGAUGCCCUAGAAAAAUGUCAUUUAUAUUUCAGAGUGCUGGAAACAUGUCAUUCUGAAGUAAACUGAAUUUUUUGGUAAGUAAUCAUUCUGAACAAAACUGAAGAGACAAUAGAUUUUCCAUGCAGAAAUGUUUAACAUUGUGGUAUUUGCUAAGUGAAGAACUUUUAUAAACUAACUGAAAAAAACUGUCACUAUAGAGAUCUGUAAUUGAUUUCCCCUUCCCCAUGCACAAGAGGCUGAAAAGGUCAACGUAGAACUGGUUUUUUGAAGGCAGAAAUGUACAUGUUUUAGAACCAAGAAACUUUUUGUGUUUCAGGUUAAUCUACUGAGAAUUGUGACCUAGUAAACCCAAAGUAUAAACUACGUAACUGUGAAUUAGGUUUGCCUGAAUAGAAUUUUGCUGCCCUAUGAGAUAUAUAGUUUGCACUUUUGAAAGAUGAAAGAACCAUACAGAUAGAUAUGGUCUUGCGGAUAAAUCAGCCAAGCAAAAAUAAGUCUUAAUACUGUUUGUUGCGGACUACUGAUGAUUGUUGCAGUCAGAUUGUUUACACUGCAUCCUCUUUAUAGAAACAUACUAAAGAUGCUUGUAUUUAAAAACUACAAAAAAAAAAUCUUUGCACUAUACAAGCUGGAUGGCUCCCCAAGUAUGUACUUUAUAAAGUGGGUGCUUUGUACUCAACAUAAGUGUACUUUUGAAGAGGAUGGGAGGAGCUGUUUUGUUUUGCUUUUUUACAGGUAGCAUCAGUCUGAGAAAAUAGCUGAUUGCUAUGUUGAUUUAUAUUAUGAAAAAUUAUCUGACAAAAUAAAAAUUAUUUAAAUUUAC